AUGAAUAAAUUUCUGAAAAGCGUUAAAAACUCGGUGGUCAGUAACAAAGAUGAAUUGAUCAAAAAAUCUAUCACCACUCAGUUAUCUAAUUUUGUUAAGGAGAUUCAAUAUUUUGGAGUAGAGAGCAAAAGUGCGCAAAAUGUUGAUAUUAGUGAGGCUUCCAAUGCCUUAUGCACAACAUUGGAAGCCAUGUUUUUACAUGGUCUCAAAGAUUCUCUAGCCUAUAGGUUUACAAGGGCUAUAGCUGAUGUCGAUGAAAGACCUGAACCCAGCUUUUGGGGGCCUCUAUUAGUUAUAUCUCACAGACAAAUUAUUGAUCAGAUAGUGCUGUUAUCUCAAAUAACCACAGAGGCUGGCCAAUGCCGGGCAUGGAUCCGCUUGGCUCUAAACGACUGUCUGCUUUCAUCCUACUUGGUAACAUUGAGACAACUGGGCUCUUCUUUAAAGUCAUUUUACAAAACGGGCGCUUAUGUACGCGACGCGGAACUGCUCGAUCUAACGCAAAGACUUGUAGAAGGCGUCGAGUCCUUCCACACCUUCACCUUGCCGUGUAACUCGAGCUUACUGAACACAUGGCCUUUGCAGAGUUUGUACUUGGCAGGGAUUUGGUCGCCUACACUGAAAGCCUGCCCGGUGGCGCCGUGCGACGAUGUAGCUCAAAGUAUAAACGAAACUUCAAGUCCGCAACCUAUACCAGACAUAGAGGUAGCAUCAGUGAGCUCCUUAUCGUUGGGCUCGCAAGCUUCAGGUCUAAGACAAAUCGUCUCGUUCAGCGAGGACGAAGUCCUAAAAAUCAUCCUUAACAAGGACAAAGACAAUAGCUGCAGCUCGCAGAGCGAAAGCGAAAGCAAGACUAGCGAAGCUGAGAGUUCCAACGUGAUAGUUGGGAAUUCGUUGAAGCAAAGAAGUGGGUGGUCUUUCGAUGAAAAUCAACAGGAUAAGAUGGAAGAAACAGAUGAAGAGCAACCAGCGGUUGAACCGCCUAAACCCGCCAACGAACCGAAAUCCACCGAAGCUAGCUUCAACGCUCUUAUAGAAAGCUACAACAUGCUCAGCGGCGGUUUUAUAAGAACUCCCGAUUUAAGGGACGUUUGGCAACGUUUCGAGGACGAUAAGCGUGAAGAAUCACCAACUGAACAUUCUCCGGAGGUGGCACAAGGUUCCCCGAUAAGCCCGAUUAUCAACAAAUCCGAAUCGACCGCAUUGGCCAUUCAAGUAGUUAAGAUAUGCAGGGAAAAAGGUUUAAACAGUCAGAAUUUUGAGUGCAUGGGAUGUCAGGUGCCUCUGAAAAUAGCAAAUAAACCAAAAAUAUGUGCCUUCACUGGGGAGUAUUACUGUGCAUCCUGUAUGAGCCCAGAAUUAAUAACAAUUCCAGCCCGAAUUAUUCACAAUUGGGAUUUUAAGUUGUAUGAAGUGUCGCAGAAAGCCUUCAAUUACAUAGACGAAAUAAAAGAUCACCCUACCAUUGAUUUUAAGAUUGUUAAUCCGUUCAUUUAUGGAGCUGUAGAAGAAAUGGCCAGAUUGCAAAUUUUGCGUAACCAGUUAAAUUUCCUAAGGGCCUAUUUGUACAGUUGCAGGGAGCCUAUAAUAAAAUCUUUGCAGAAAAAAAUGUGGCCAAGGGAGUACAUGUAUGAGCACAUACAUCAAUAUUCGGUUGCUGAUUUAGCAGAGAUAAAGAAUGGCGUUUUAGCCUCUUUGUUACAAAAGGUUGUGGAAUUUGGUAGAGAACAUGUGUAUGGAUGUUGGUUGUGUAGUCAAAAAGGCUUUUUAUGCGAAGUUUGUAAUAAACCCAAGCCUUUGUUCCCGUUUGAUGUCGAAAAUACAUACAGGUGUGACAAUUGUAGCGCUGUUUAUCACAAAGGUUGCCUCAAUUCUUUAAAGCCCUGUCCCAAAUGUGAAAGAAGAAAGAAGAGGGAAGACUUACCGCUUCUUGGUGCUAUAACACUUGAUUGA